AGUCAGUCCCUGGUGAGAUGUGUCUAUGUGACUUGCUCUUGAAGCCGCUGAAGAGAAUUUCUUGAAGCCUCUUUUUAAGUUCUUCAGAAGAGAGAUGGCACAAACUGGACUUAGGAUUUUUCUACUCAUAAGUAUUUUACUGCUGGAUCAGACCAUCAGCCAGGCUUCCAAAUUCAAAGCCAGGAAGCACAGCAAACGGAGAGUGAAAGAAAAAGAUGACCUAAAGACUCAGAUUGACAAGUUGUGGCGAGAAGUAAAUGCUCUCAAAGAAAUGCAAGCACUUCAAACAGUCUGUCUUCGUGGGACAAAGGCCCAUAAGAAGUGCUACCUCAUAUCAGAAGGCAUCAAGCAUUUUCAUGAAGCCAAUGAAGACUGCAUAGCCAAGGGAGGGACACUGGCUAUCCCAAGGAAUAGCGAUGAAACAAAUACUCUUCAAGACUACGGCAAGAAAAGCAUGCCUGGAGUGUCUGAGUUUUGGCUGGGUGUCAAUGACAUGGUAAAUGAAGGGAAGUUUGUUGAUGUCAAUGGCAUGGCUCUACAGUACUUCAACUGGGAUCGAGCCCAACCAAAUGGGGGGAAGCGUGAAAAUUGUGUCUUUUUUUCAUCACAAGGCAAGUGGGUGGAUGAAGUCUGCCGUACUGCCAAAAGAUAUAUCUGUGAAUUUCUGAUCCCAUAAUUCCAUACACAAAUGACCACGACCAUGUUUUGGGUUAUUAAUAUGCAGUUUUGCUUGUUAGUAGCCCCUCCCACUUAGACAGUGGUGAAUUAAAAGUAUCCAUCUCCUGCCUUGUACUCACUCUUUCCUGAAACAGGGUUUUCCUUUAUUAAUUUAUUUUCUAUUCAGAUGCUUAAAAUGUUAUAUUUAGUGAGUGCUCUCAGCAUGUACAGGAAUAUAUAUUAUGUUUUGAUCUAUACUGUAUCAUAUUUUGCCAUAUUAUUUCAGCCUGAUGUUCGGGUUGCUGGAAUUCACCUCUGUUUCUGAACUUUGUAUGUCCAUGGUAGGAGGGUAUUUGCUUGGUCUCAGAUCUCUAAUUUAUUGGAAAUUUACAGAAGGUUGCCACAUGGGGCCAUGUGCUAAUAGAAGAUGAAGGGGUCCUCUUAGCCCCAGCGUGUAAGGAGGACUCUGGCAUAAUGUAAGCUCCUGUGAAAAAUGGCCAUCAUCCUUAUGGAGUUUAACAGGAAAGAUCUGUGACCAAGUUUUACCUAUGGGUUAAGAAAGUUAAACAAAAUGAAAACCUGAUAUUAAUUUUUAAACUACAUGGAGUAAAAAGCGAUACACUGCUAGAAAAUGGAGGAAAUAGCUGUUCUAAACAUCAGUUAGUCUAAAUAUGUUUGCUUCUAAAUGUCUCAAUUAUGGUUAGAUAUUAGAUGUUAUUUAGAAGACUCCCGUAGAAGAAAGUGACCUGGGACUAGAUCAUACCUCUAGGAUGUAAUGCCUUAGUAAUGCCUUAGUAAGAUGUGCAAAAGCCUCUCCUGCAGGAUCAGAAGGAGGCUUUAUAAUUCAGACUGUAACACUGUGUGAAUGCAUGAACAGAGGGGAAGGGUUCCUCUCUCUCCAUAUUGCAGGUAGCAUGCCUGACUGGCACAAAGGAAUGGGGCCAAACCAUCGCUCAUUUGGCCACAUGUAAAUUCUUCAGUUUAACACCCAACAUUUGAAAAUGAAGUAAAAUAUGCUGGUUGUUCUUUUGCUGUUCUUAACAUCUCAAUAUAGAUUUGCCUUCAUGUUAGAAACUGCAGUUUCUCUGUUGUGUAAGGGAAUUUCAGUUAAUGAUUUAAAUAUAUUGUUGCUUGAAGGCUAUUUUCUACUUUUUCUCUUUUAAUUGUGCAGAUUUUCUUAAUUUGUGCAAUAAAUGUGCAAUUACUGGUAUUU